ACAUAAUUUACACAUCUCAUGUGAAAAUAGUCAAAUUCAACAAACUUUCUGAUCUGGUAAAAGCCAACCUGAACCAAAUAUCGGUACACAAUUGAACCAGUAAAAAUCGGUUUUUGACAUUGACACGGUUAAACCGUUUCUCUUAGCUCCUCUCGAGAUUCUCUUUCUGCUAAGCGAAAACCAGACGACAGAAAAGCUAACAACACAAGAGGAGGAGAGAAACUCAAUAACGAACAAGAUUCUUUAAUCUAAUCUCGUGCUUCCAAUUCAAAUUAUUUUGUCUCCUUAGCGGAUCGAUCGCAGAUUAUCAAGCUCCGCCGUCGCCUCCGCCGCAAUCGACGGCGGUGUCUACGUCGCUUUCGUUUCAUGCGUAACAGGAGGAGCAGCAGCAGAAGAAGUCAGCUUAAGUAACGCCGCCUUUGAUUUGACUUGAGGAUUUAGGGAACUUUAAUGCUUGUGUCCCAAAAGAAGAUGUUUCUGAGUUUAUAGGCUUUCGGAUUUCGGGAUUCCGCUGUGUUGUCAAUUUUAAUCAUAUGAAGAAGACUUGGUCGUCAUUUUUUACUGGAAUUGCUCUGUUUGCGCAGAUAAGUUUGUUGGUGAUAUGGCAUUGAUGAUGUUUCCGUAUUUGCUCGGCGUUGAAGAAAAGUAAAAUGCUGGCGAAUUGGAAGAAACCACCCACAGAUUGAUGCUCUCUUCAGUCGACCUCUUUUGUAUAUUUAUUGAAACUUACGGGGUCGAAGGUGUGUAGCAUAUGCUUUAAGAAGAUAAAAAAGUGAAAAUUAUGGAAUCGGGUUCAGAGAAAAAGUUUCCUCUCAAUGCAAAAGACUACAAGUUAUAUGAAGAAAUUGGAGAUGGUGUCAGUGCGACAGUGCACAGAGCUUUGUGCAUACCGCUUAAUGUGGUAGUUGCUAUCAAGGUUCUUGAUCUGGAAAAGUGCAACAACGAUUUGGAUGGGAUCCGGAGAGAGGUGCAAACAAUGAGUCUGAUCAACCAUCCAAAUGUGUUGCAAGCUCAUUGCUCAUUUACCGCCGGACACCAGCUUUGGGUUGUGAUGCCUUACAUGGCUGGAGGAUCCUGUCUCCAUAUAAUAAAGUCUUCAUAUCCAGAUGGAUUCGAGGAACCUGUUAUCGCUACUUUACUUCGUGAGACUCUGAAAGCUCUUGUAUAUCUUCAUGCUCAUGGGCAUAUCCACAGGGAUGUAAAGGCUGGAAACAUUUUAUUGGAUUCCAAUGGUGCCGUUAAGUUGGCAGACUUUGGAGUAUCAGCUUGCAUGUUUGAUACGGGAGAUAGACAACGUUCCAGAAAUACAUUUGUUGGGACUCCAUGCUGGAUGGCUCCUGAAGUCAUGCAGCAACUACAUGGAUAUGAUUUCAAAGCAGAUGUAUGGUCAUUUGGAAUAACAGCACUUGAACUGGCACAUGGUCAUGCCCCAUUUUCUAAAUAUCCGCCAAUGAAGGUUUUGCUGAUGACCUUACAAAAUGCACCUCCUGGACUUGACUACGAGAGAGACAAAAGAUUCUCGAAAGCCUUCAAGGAAAUGGUGGGUACAUGCCUGGUGAAGGACCCAAAGAAGCGUCCAACUUCAGAAAAGCUAUUAAAGCACCCUUUCUUCAAACAUGCACGUCCAGCUGAUUACCUGGUUAAAACAAUUCUAAAUGGUCUUCCUCCAUUAGGUGAUCGCUAUAGACAAAUAAAGUCAAAGGAAGCUGAUCUCCUAAUGCAAAACAAAUCUGAAUAUGAAGCGCACUUAUCACAGCAAGAAUACAUAAGGGGAAUAAGCGCUUGGAAUUUCAAUCUCGAGGACCUAAAAACUCAAGCUGCCCUUAUUUCAGAUGAUGAUACUUCACAUGCUGAAGAGCCUGAUUUCAACCAAAAGCAAUGUGAAAGACAGGAUGAAUCUGCUCUUUCCCCUGAAAGGGCUAGCAGCUCAGCAACAGCUCCUAGUCAAGAUGACGAACUGAACGAUAUUCAUGAUUUAGAGAGUUCUUUCGCCUCAUUUCCAAUCAAACCUCUUCAAGCACUCAAAGGCUGCUUUGAUAUCAGUGAGGACGAGGAUAAUGCAACUACUCCUGAUUGGAAAGAUGCAAAUUUAAAUUCUGGACAACAGCAUUUAACAAAGGCUUCCAUUGGAUCUCUGGCUGAUACCACAAAAGAAGAAGACACUGCAGCACAAAACACUUCUUUACCACGUCAUGUCAUUUCCGAACAGAAAAAAUAUUUGAGCGGUUCAAUUAUACCAGAGAGUACUUUCUCUCCAAAAAGAAUCACAUCUGAGGCUGACAGGGAGUUUCAACAGCGUAGAUAUCAAACAGAGCGGAGCUACAGCGGAUCAUUGUAUCGCACAAAAAGGGAUUCUGUGGACGAGACGUCAGAAGUCCCGCAUGUGGAGCACAAGGGACGGUUUAAGGUUACAUCAGCAGAUCUAAGUCCCAAGGGAUCUACAAACUCUACAUUCACACCAUUUAGUGGUGGUUCAAGCAGCCCGAGUUCCCUCAAUGCGACAACCGCCUCAAUCCUUCCAUCAAUUCAGUCGAUUUUGCAGCAAAACGCCAUGCAACGGGAAGAGAUUUUGAGACUAAUCAAAUACGUGGAGCAAACCUCUGCCAAGCAGCCUGGAUCCCCCGAGACAAAUGUCGAUGAGCUACUGCAGACACCUCCUGCAACGCCACGAGAGAGAGAACUUCAGUCCCAAGUGAUGCUACUACAACAAAGCUUUUCGAGCCUAACAGAAGAACUAAAGAAACAGAAGCAGAAAAAUGGGCAGUUGGAGAAUCAGUUGAACGCAUUAACACACAGAAAUGAUUGAGUCUCAAAAGCCAUCGAGACAACAAACUACAGGCUCAGAUAUAUGAAACUGGGAAUCUUGAGUAAAAACACAAAAUUUCCCUUUCAACGCAAAAGAAUGAAGAGAGAAGAUUUGUGUGUUUUAUAUUUUUAUUCCGUGUAAUUUAUUUGACAGGUUUGUAUUAUGUGACAAACUACUACAAAUGUUUUUCUUCUUUUUGGGGAGGUUCUUCCCAGUGUUCCUUUACUUAUGUGUGAUUUAUGAUGUGCUAAGAAAACAAGAUACUAUUAUUUUCUUUGUUUAAUUA